CUUGGGUGUCUAGAAAGGCGUCAUAUAAAUAAAAUUCAUUAUUAUUAUUAUUAUUACUACAUGAAGAGCGUUCUUUGCUUAAGUGGAUGUUGUGAAAGACUUUUAUUCACCAAGGAAAGGAUUCUGUGAUCAUCCAUCACUGUGGUCUUCCAGGACGCUCAGGCCUUUUUGGGUUCUGAAGUUCCCAGUGCACUUUUUUUCCCCAGCAUGCAUUACAAUGUUGGCUUGGCCAUCCCUAAAAUUUCUGCUCGGUCUCUGAUGGAUUUCCUCUUUCUUUCAGCCUCAGGAUGGUCAGUUUCACCUUCACUGAGAGCUCCUUUGACCACAUGUUGUGUGUUCACAACUUCCAAAUGCAAACGUCACAACUCCUGACCUUCUAACUGCAAAAGCCUGAGUCACAUCUGCCCUAAAAUCUGCCCUAACAUCUGCCCUUACAACUGCCCUUACAUCUGCUCUGUCUACAGGCUGUCUUGUAGGUGAAAAUGGGCAAAAGGUGACACGUCCAAAGUUUUAGGAUCCUGCUGACCUAGUAAGGCGAAAAGGUUCAUGUACAUUUUUUACAGGUGUUUGACAGCUGGCAGCAAACAACACGUAAGUUUAAGUUAGAGUAAAGCAGGUGAGAAACAGAUGUGUGGUAUUUGUCCUUUUCUUCAGCCCCCCCCAAACCUGUAAACUGAGCAAGAAGCCCUUUAAUGCUGUUAAGUUUAUAAGUGCUCUGUCUUGUGUUAGACAACGAAAUUUGAACCAGAUGAAUCUCACUGUGAGGUGAGAGUGCUAACCAUUACACCACAGUUUAAUCCCAUAAUUGCAUUCUGAACAUGUGUUCAUAAACAGCUAAAAUCACAAAACGUGUGCUUGUCCAAAUGUUUCCGGGUUUAACUGUAGAGGCACAAACUUCUGCUGAAUGUAGAGAAUUCUGGGAAACAGGAGUGGGAGUUCGGGUCACCUCUGUGCUUCAGUGAGCGUUCACACUUUAAUGAUUUCUGCAGCAGCAACAAACAAACCUACAUUGUGUUUCUGAAGUCGUGCACUCCAAAGGACCGUCGGUUUACAGCAGACACAAACACUUUUUAUUGAUGGCAAGAUGGCGGCGCGUGUAAACGCAGCGGCUCAGCGCUCUCUGCUUUUGUUUGUUUUUUCUCGUAUUUUUGUUGAUGCUACAGACACUGGAAGCGUUUAUUCGGUACAGCGGUACGGAAUUACUUCAAAUCGGUAGGAACUGGCAAUUUAAGGCUUCCCCUAAGCCGGACUUCAUACCUUUGCCUUCAUACCUAUGCCUUCGCCAUACCCCCCCUGCGGCCAAGGAGACAAAGGAGAUGCUGUAAACAAAAGCGAGGGAAGAGAAGCGGAGCACGCGCUAGGCUACCUGCUAACCCGCAUCGACCAGCUCUCCCCAGUCUCUUUCUCGCUAACGUAAGAUCACUCGCCGAUAAACUAGACAAAUUUUAUUUACGGAUUGUCUCGCGGAGGAUGGACAGCUGUGUCACUAUUAUAACAUAAACCUGGUUGGACGAAAACAUACCUAACGCUAGGGCUGUGACGAUAACCGCAUCACCGCAUCACCGUGGUGAUGUGAUGACUCAUCACCGCACGUCACCGCACUUUUUAUUUUUUUUUAGUUCUGCAUAUGGUGCAUGAUUUGAAAUAUAAUAAAAACAUUAACCACAUUGGUCUUUGUUGAUUUUUACUUUAAUUUACUUUUUAUAUACGAGUCCUCUUGUCCUGUCUGUGGAAAAAGCCUGCGUCCUCCAGCGCAAGGUUAGGGACAGCCCAUUAUACAUAUCAUGGGGGGCUUUUUUAAUGAGUGUCAGAUUUUAAUUAACUGCUUGCCAUGUUUUAGUAUUUGUAAUGUUUACAUAUAAUUAUAAAUUAAAUGCACAAACACAGGCGUAAAAAAUAGCGUAACUGAAACAGUUGGACUUAGUUAGAUUUUGAUAGCAAGUAUGCCUACCGGUAGCUUCAUUUGGUAUACGCCAUAUAACGCUCGUGCGCUCGAGAAUAAUAAUGGCAACGAAUUUAGUCUCUAAAUCCAAUACUGUGUCGGAUAUUUGGGCACACUUUGGCUUUGAGGCAGAUGACAAGGGACAGCCGGUGAAUUUGGACAAGGCAAUAUGUCGUAUAUGUCGUACAGAAGUUUCCGUCUCCAGAGGAAAUACGACCAAUUUAAGAUCCCAUCUGCGAAUCAACCAUCCUGUGGCGUUUGCCGGACUUGGGAGAACCAGCAGCAGACCAUCUACCUCAGGCCAGCAGCGACAAUUGGGAGUCUCCGAGGCCUUUGCAAGAGGAGCGAAGUACCAAAGUGGCAGUAAUCGGUGGCGAGCACUGACAGACAGCGUCACUCGUUACUUGGUUGAGGAAAUGGUGCCAUUUCGUACCGUUGAGAAGCCAGCGUUCAAAGCCAUGUUACAUGAAUUUGACAAGCAAUAUGUACUUCCUGACCGAAAGUACUUUUCUCAAACAGCGAUCCCUGAAAAGUAUCUGUCAGUCAAGGACGGCGUAAUACAGGAGUUAAAAUACGUCGAUUAUUUCUCAGUGACAGCUGAUAUGUGGUCAAGCGUAAACAACAUGCCAUACAUGAGCCUGACCAUACAUUAUCUGAGCGCAAACUGGGAACUAAAAUCAAAGUGCCUGGAGACUGUGUUCACGCCAGAAAGCCACACGGCUGACAACCUGGCGGAAGCCCUCAGAUCCUCCUUCGAAGAGUGGUCCCUGGAUGAGAGGAAACUGAUCUGCAUUACAACGGACAAUGGAGCAAAUAUUGUGGCUGCGGUCCGGAAGCUUGGCUGGACAUGGCUAAAUUGCUUUGGCCAUAAUCUACAUUUAGCCGUCACCAAUUCGAUGAAGACAGAAAAGGACCGCACUGCCCGAGCGAUGGGUGUCUGCAGAAAUUUGGUGACGGCUUUCUCCCAGAGCUGGCAGAAGAAGAAAAAGCUCCAGAAAGAGCAAGUGGAGCACAACCUGCCCCAACACGGCUUAGUUCUGGUGAGUUGUGCGCUAAACUUUGAAUCUACUUUCUUAGAAGUUUUUUUUUUUCAGGUAACACACUCCAUGAUUGUAAAAAUAAACGCACUCGUCCAAACGCAACGUGUUGAAACUUUGAACAAUUGACAUAAUAAAGGGUUGCAAACGGUGAUAAAACCUGCUGUAUAAUUCAUUUUAAACUCAAAAAUAUAUCGAAAAGUAAUCUAUAAAGAAAUGCUAUUUCUUAUUAUUGUUAAUAUGUUUAUGAGGACUGGAGACAGCGGCAUGUUCACGGUGUAUAAAAGAAUAUAUUUUAUUGCACAGGACAAAAAAACUUACCCUAAUCAUUUAUCGGGGAUUACAACUGUUUUAAUGUUUUCACAGGAUUGUCCUACAAGGUGGGGCACAAAACAGAAAAUGGUUGCGCGCAUUCUGGAGCAAAUCCCAGCCAUUAGGCGGGUUUUGAUGGAUGACCGGCGCAGCCAACACUUGAUUCCGACGUGGCAGGACAUCGAAGUGCUGGAAUCCAUCAAUGCUGCGCUGAAAAAGGUCGCAGAUUUUACAGAUGCGCUGUCUUCCGAGAAGACCGUUACAGCGUCCUCUGUGUUACCAGUCCUGCAAUUAUUAACUGAGGAUAUUUUGCUGCCAACCAAUGAAGACACGGAGUUGACGCGCAACAUCAAACAGAAAAUGAUUGAAGUCUUGAAAGACAAAUAUAGUGCACCUGGAUCACAGCAACUGUUGGCAAAGGCGUCAUUUAUUGACCCAAGGCACAAGGCUGACACCAACUCACAGCAUGACACUAAAGAUGCGCUCCUGGAGGAGAUGCUGGCAAUGCCCGAGGAGCGGCGUCAUAUCGGGGGUGGAGAGGCUGCAAUGAGUGCUGCUGCGGCUGGAGAGGGAAAAGGAGAAAGCGCGUCAUCUUCUCCUCCGAAAAAAAAGAAACUUGCGGACCUGCUUGGAAAGAGAAGAGCACAAUCCUCCAAUCCGGUUCCAAUAAGAAUCUGUGCAGACACUGAAGUAACGAGGUAUUUGCAGGAGGAGGCCCUGGAUCUGCACUCUGAUCCGCUUGCCUGGAUAAUCAGGCUCGAUUCCCUCUGCUAUCAAAAGUUGCAAGGAAAUACUUGACUGUGUGUGCAACAAGCACGCCAUCGGAGCGUGUGUUUAGUGCGGCUGGCAACAUCGUUACCCCGUUAAGGUCUUCUCUUAAGCCUGACAAGGUUAACAUGUUGGUGUUCCUGUCACGAAACAUGAAGACUGGCAAAUAAAAGCAGCAGCACCUGGUCAUUUUUUUGUUCUAUUUUUUUGUUCUCAAAGGUUGCAAAUGUUUACCUGUAUAUUUAGUUAAUAAGUUAUUUAUUUAGUUGUUGUUACUGUUAUUUGUAUGUUUGAUAAUAAAUAUACUGCGUUCUUA